AUGGUCAACAUCAGAGAAUACUAUGAAAAAGAUGGCCAGGAGCUUCCGGGGAAGAAGGGGAUUUCGCUGCCCAUGGAUCAAUUCAGUUCCCUUAUCCGCCAUUUACCUGAAAUCGAGGAAGUCCUCUUACAGAAAGGAGAGUCCGUUCCUCGACCUAGUUAUGUCGAGGUCAAUAGUGAACAUGACAAGAAGGAAAUUGGAGCUGGGGAUGCCAAAAAUACUGGUUCGACCAUUGGGAAAAAGAAUAUUGAGGCUACGAGUGAGGAAGAUGAGGGGGAAAGUUGA